AUGGCUACAGCAUCACCAAAUCUUGAGCUUACCAAUCAAGUCGUAGCACAUGCAACCUCAAAAAAAAUUGUACUGAAUAAAGAAAUGCAAACUCAGCUUGACCAAGACAAGAUUCAGCUUCGUAUCGAAAACGAACUUUAUAUACGUCAGCAUCCUGAAAUCAGGAAUAUUAUUGGAUACUUUAUUCAAAAAGUGCUUGUUCAUCGACCAGUCAAUUUGCCUGAAUUUGCAGUGGCUUUACUUGCAAACCCAGAGCUAAAGCAAGAGGUUGAGCAAUUCCAACAAGAGACACAACGACCAGAAAUAAAGAUUCAAUAUAAAUGA